AUGUGGAUACCUAAUCUUCCAGUAACGAUUUUAACAGGAGUAGCAGCUACUGCGGGUGUCGUUUGUCUUUUCAAAGACUUAUAUGGUGGCCCAGCAUACGAGAAGGGCGUGCCGGCAGAAGGAAAGACAAUAAUAGUUACUGGAGCUGAUAGCGGAAUAGGACGUGCAGCGUCAUGGGAUUUCGCUAAUCGACAAGCUAAGGUGUUUAUGGCAUGUCGGGAUAUGAAAAGAUGCGAAGAGGUGCGGAAGGAAAUAGUUCUGGAGACGGGGAAUAAGUUCGUGUAUUGUCGGCCGUGUGAUCUCGCCGAUAGCGCAUCUAUUAGGACAUUCGUUGAAAGGUUUAAAUCAGAAGAACCCUAUGUACACGUAUUAGUAAAUAAUGCGGCUGUGAUGGAACCUCCUCAAGGUAUUACCAGGGACGGCUUUGAGACUCAACUAGGCGUCAACUACUUGGGGCAUUUUCUUCUCACUCAGCUUUUAUUGGAUACGCUUAAGGAAUCAGUCCCCAGUCGAGUGAUAAACGUUACUUGCAGCGCGUACGCAAGAGGUGACAUCAACAAAGAUGAUUUGAACUUCAAUAAGAAGUAUGACGCCCCAGCCGCCUAUAACCAAAGCAAAUUGGCCAAUGUUCUAUUCACGAGAGAACUGGGAAGAAGAAUGUUAGAAACUGACGUAGCCGUACUAGCAGUAGACCCAGGUCUAACUGAUACAGAUUUAACUAAGCAUCUUGCAAUGUCCAAGAGUAUCACGCGAUUUGUAGUCUACCCAGUCUUUUGGCCUUUUAUGAAGAAGCCCCGAGUUGGAGCCCAAACCAUUAUCCACGCGGCGUUAGAUCCAAAGCUACAAAAAUGUAAAGGAGAUUUCUUCGUUGAUAUGAAACCUCAACCUUUAAAAUCAGAAAAAGCUGAAGACUACGAAUUAGGAAUGUGGCUGUGGCGAGUGAGUGAAAAAUGGACCAAACUCCACGAACACAAAAUUGAACUAGAGAAAGCUAUGGCUGCAUAA